AUGGAGUGUCCUAACCAUGCACAAUCAUUGCAAUAUAACUCUCCUGGAGCACCAUACAGAUGCAGUGGAUGCCGUGAACUAGGAUUUGGAGCCAGUUACCGCUGUAAAAACUGCAGUUAUAUCCUCCAUGAUGUUUGUAAAAAUUGUGUAUCCUUUGCCACUCAUCCAUUUUUCCCAAGGAGUGAUUUUGAGUUCUAUGAAACGGCACCUGGAAACCGCACUAGAUAUUGCGAUGCUUGCGGAAAAGAUGUGCUAGGGUUUGUGUUCCAUUGCACCCGCACGGGAAAGGAUUUACAUCCAUGUUGUUUAAACCUGAAAGCUAGUAUUUCUGAUGAAGAAGGGCUUGUGAAACUGGAGCUGUGUGAGGAGGUUCCCUCAAAGUGUGCAAAGUGUAAGCAUAGGAAUGUUGUGGAUGGAGUUAAAGGGUGGUCUUAUGUAUCUUCUGAGGGAACUUGUUAUCAUGUUUCGUGUGUCAAGGAAAUGGUUCUUGAGAAUUGGAAGAAGGGUUAUUUUUCUCAAUCUCAAGAAACCAAUUCCAAUGGGAUGAGUGAAACGGAGCACUCUCAACUUGCACUGAGAAGCAAGGAGAUAGUCCAAAGUGAAAGAAGUUCAAGGAGGUCAAGUACAAUCAAGAAGUACACAAAGAUUGCUGUUCUGGUAUUCCAGCUAAUAUUUUCAGCCAUUUUUGGAAAUCCUGUAAUUGCUAUUGCUACUCUUGUUGAAGCCUUGGUUAAGGAUUGA